UGGCGGCCUCCGGGGCAGUAGGAGCCGACGCGAGAUUCGGGGGGGCCAUGGCCGGACUGAAGGCGGUAGUGGGCGAAAAAAUCCUGAAUGAUGUCAUACGCAGCAUGAAGAAGGAAGGAGAAUGGAAGGUACUCAUUAUGGAUCAUCCUAGCACACGGAUUCUCUCAUCCUGUUUUAAGAUGUCAGAUCUUUUGGCUGAAGGAAUCACAAUUAUCGAAGAUAUCAACAAGCGCCGAGAGCCUCUCCCCAGCCUGGAAGCAAUCUAUUUGAUCAGCCCCAUUGAGACGUCGGUGCACGCUCUGAUAAAUGACUUCAAAGGCUCUCCCACCUUCACGUACAAGGCUGCCCAUGUCUUCUUUACUGACACCUGCCCUGAGCACCUCUUUAAUGAGCUUGGCAAAUCCAGAAUCACCAAAGCCAUCAAGACCCUCAAGGAAAUCAAUGUGGCCUUCCUUCCCUCUGAGUCACAGGUGUACUCCUUGGACAAACCGGAGAGUUUCCACAAUCUCUUUAGCCCAUACUGCAGGGAAGAUAAGAACAAUCACCUAGAGAGGAUGGCAGAGCAGAUUGCCACGUUAUGCGAUACCCUCAAGGAGUACCCCUCAAUUCGCUAUAGAAAUGGCUCUGAAGACUGCUGCUUGUUGGCCCAUGCAGUGUUGGCAAAGCUGAAUGCCUUCAAAGCAGACAACCCUUCCAUGGGAGAGGGCCCCGACAAAUCUCGCUCCCAGCUUCUGAUAGUAGACCGGAGCUACGACCUGGUGUCCCCACUUCUGCACGAGCUCACCUUCCAGGCCAUGGCCUAUGACCUGCUCAACAUUGAGAACGACACUUAUCGGUACGAAUCCACAGGCAUCAGCGACUCCAAGGAAAAAACGGUGCUCUUGGAUGAGGACGAUGACCUCUGGGUGCUGCUACGCCACAUGCACAUUGCUGAUGUGUCCAAGAAAGUGACGGAGCUUCUGCGGACCUUCUGUGAGAGCAAGAGACUCACCACAGACAAGGCCAACAUUAAGGACCUGUCUCAAAUCCUGAAGAAGAUGCCCCAGUACCAGAAAGAACUUCACAAGUAUUCCACACAUCUGCACCUGGCAGAGGACUGUAUGAAUGCCUUCAAGGGCACAGUGGAGAACCUGUGUGGCGUGGAGCAGGACCUGGCCACAGGUGCAGAUGUUGAAGGGGAGAAAAUCAAGAACCCGAUGAAGUCCAUUGUGCCGAUAGUCCUGGAUGCCAGCGUGGAGGCUUUCGACAAGAUCCGCAUCAUCCUGCUGUGCAUCCUCCUCCAGAAUGGCAUCAAUGAGGAGAACCUUACCAAGCUUAUCCAGCAUGCCAACAUACAGCAAGAGAGGGACAUCCUCUACAACAUGCACUGCCUGGGUGCCACCAUCAUGCCGGAGGACACCGGUGGACACAUGAAACCUGCGAGGAAAGUGCGAUUGGAACCUACCUACCAGCUCUCGCGAUGGAUUCCCAUUCUUAAGGAUGUCAUGGAGGACGCCAUUGAAGACAAGCUGGAUAAGAAAUUGUGGCCUUACGUGUCCUGCCCAGCCCCAGGCCCCUGCUCACAAGCUGCUGUGAGCAGUGCCCGUUUUGGCCAUUGGCACAAGACCAAGACGGCAACCGAGUACCGGACAGGGCCGCGCCUCAUCCUGUACGUGCUGGGGGGCGUUACCAUGUCCGAGACGCGCUGCGCCUAUGAAGUCACGGAGGCCACGGAUGGGAAGUGGGAGGUGUUGAUUGGCUCAUCCCACAUCCUGACUCCCAAGCAGUUCCUGGAAGAUGUGCGCAAUCUGACUGAGCAGACUCCACUGAAGACAUAAGGUCAUCCCUGACCCCUAAGAGACUGGCUGACAGCAGUUCUAUUUAUCUGGCCCUGAUAAAGUUUUUCCCAACAAGAUGUCUUCUUUCACAUACCUGUUUUUGCUUCUGCCGUUUUAAGACUUGCCCUCGGCCUGGCCCCUUCUUCAGCCAGCUAUCAUGAAACGAGCCUGACGUUGGAGAACCUAUGUAAUGGCUAGGCUGAAGACAAGGGGCCAGCCGUCUUGUUACGGGUCCCUUAUCUCUCACUGUGGUGAGGUUUCUGGUUGCACUUUAUUUUCUGUUCCCCUCUUCCCUCCAUCCCGUAAAAUGUGGGAGAGGAGUGGCAGCUGCGUACGUGAUGAAUAAGCACCUCCUGCAAUGCGGUUAUUUGCUCCCUUAAGAGGGAUUUUCAGGAAAUGAGCUGUGAUGGCUCCUACGUACAUGCCUUUGCAGCUGUCUGGGCUCCCCCAGUUCUUUUUUUCUCCCAAAGGUAACUGACCACUGAAAGAUUACUUUUUGUUGUUCGUUUAGAAAAAAAAAAGUUUUCCAGACCAUCCGCCUCCCAAUUCUCAUUGGGCAAAAUAUGAAACAUCAGAAGCAGGAACCGGUCCUAGAUGCCCAGGGCUGCAAGCCUAGCAGUUGCACUAACACCUGGUAUGAGAUGAGAGUGGUUGAUAUUUUUUAAAGGAUCACUGAAGAUGUGUAUACAGAAGGUGGUGCAUACUAUUUGUAUGCCAUGAAUUAUACAGGUCUGCUCAAGAACCCCAAAAUCUUUAAAAUAAAUGUGAAAAUUAAAA